UGUGCAAUAAGCUUGGGAGAGUGGGGCAUUGUAGCGAGGAAAAUGAGUCCGAAGAAGCUAAAUUUUGCAACUUUAAUUAUGUUCAUAUAUUUAGUGUCUCAGAAUGUUAACUCUGAGCUUCAGGUGGGGUUUUACAGCGAUUCAUGUAGAUUUGCAGAGUUCAUUGUAAAGGAUGAGGUCAGUCAAGGGUUUAUUCAAAACCCUGGGAUUGCUGCUGGGCUUGUUAGAAUGCACUUCCAUGAUUGCUUUGUUAGAGGGUGUGAUGCGUCGGUGCUUUUAGAUUCCACUGCUUCAAACACAGCAGAGAAGGACUCACCAGCAAAUAAGCCGAGUCUGAGAGGAUAUGAAGUGAUUGACAAAGCUAAAGCGAGACUUGAAGCAGUUUGCAAAGAAACUGUUUCAUGUGCUGAUAUAAUUGCGUUUGCAGCAAGAGAUAGCAUUGAAUUAAGUGGAGGACUUGGGUAUGAUGUUCCUGCAGGAAGAAGAGAUGGGAAGAUAUCACUAGCUUCAGACACAAGGGCAAACCUUCCCCCUCCAACUUCCAACCUUGACCAACUCACUCGACUCUUUGCAAGCAAGGGCCUCACACAAGAAGAAAUGGUUACCCUCUCUGGGGCACACACCAUUGGACGCUCAUUUUGCUCUUCAUUCAGCAGCAGAUUACACAAUUUCAGUAGCACGUCAAGCGUGGAUCCAAGUUUAGAUGCAGCAUAUGCAUCCCAAUUGAAGCGUCAAUGCCCUCAAGGAACUACCAAUGCUAACACAGUGGUUCCCAUGGAUCCUUCUAGUCCUGCAAGAGCAGACUCAGGUUAUUAUCUGAAUAUUUUGGCAAAUCGAGGUCUGUUUUCAUCAGAUCAAGCUCUCUUGUCCAGCACAGAAACCGCUGAUCAGGUGAAUCAGAAUGCGAGGAAUCCAUUUCUGUGGAUGAACAAAUUUGCUUAUGCCAUGGUCAAGAUGGGUCAGAUUGGUGUGUUAACUGGGAAUGCUGGAGAGAUCAGAACAAAUUGCAGGAAGGUCAAUAACUAGAUAACCUUCGAUGGUGUGUAUUUAGCUAAUGAUUUUCCAUUUCCAUAUCUUUAAAGAGGUGCAAAACGAUUUUUGUUAAAGAUAUUUGUGUUUGCUGUUAAUGUGUGGUAGAACUUUUCUUGUUUGACUUUUGCAUUUGUUACGUUUGCUUGUGGGGAGGUGGCUGAAAUGUGUUUGCAUAGCUUUGAGGAUUAGAGAGGCAUGAAGCGAUGUUUUGCUUGUAUAAAAUGUUAAUGUGGAAAUGCAGUAUAUCAACAAGACAAGCGUAAAA